CACCACUACAUUAUACCACUACUACGUUUCUUUGUGGUUUACUAGAUCGGACGUUGGGGGAAAAGGAUGCGUUAAUGCAGAAUUACUACGUGCAGGUUAUAUGGAUACCACUUUCUUCCCUUUCCUUUUUUUACUUUUUUUACUUUUCUUAUAUUCUUUUUACUUUUUUCUUGGAUAUACAAUUGACUUCGUAUGAAUCUCUUUUCUCUAAUACAAGUAAGCAUUUUUUUCGCUUUAUCAGUACUUUUAUAAGUAUUCAUGUCUUCUGUUGUUUCUACCGGUAAUCAAAUUGUGUUUCUGCUUUACCGUACAACGACGAUAUCGUUACUGUGUAUAUAGCGUCUAAUAUUCAGCGUAUAUAUCUCAUACUUAGCUGGACAUUAUUUCUGUAAACUAAUCCCUUGUUCAAUUGCGCUACGUUCGUGUCUUUACUGCUUCAUGUUUGACGUAUUAAGCUCUAAUACUUGAACUGACGUCAGUCACAGCAUAGUCAUACCUGUUGACUCAUCUCUCCUUUUCCUAUUCACCUAUCUUUUAUUUAUCACUAGUAGCAUUUUUUAUCGCGUUAUCCAGCCACAACUAUCAAUAUCGUAUACGGUCUGAUGGCCUAUGUUCUCUACUGUAUAUAUUUCCAUCCACUCCCCUUCC